AUGCUGCGCUGUUGCUUCGGCGGGCAGCCAACAAGAGCAGCUCGUACUGCGUCAGGAAACUGCAAUCUUUCUGGUGGUGCUAUCGUAAUUGACGACGAGGAUUGGUCAUACUCAUACACGCUCAAGAUAGCCGGAUACUCAAGAACCAAGGAGCUGCUCGAGACCGGCAAGUACGCAAGAUCUACGCCUUUCACUGUUGGAGGCCAUGUUUGGGCCGUACGUUAUUACCCAAACGGUUACAAGGAUGCUGCUGAUUUCGCAUCUAUUUUCCUAGUUCUUGUUGAUUCUACGGGCGCCAGGGAUGUGAAGGCGAAAUGCACGUUCAGUGUGCUCGACGAGGCCGGGUUGCCAGUGCCUUCUUUCACCCGUACCUACACCUCCGCAC